AUGGUACAAUUAGAAUCACCGUUUAAAGUUAUUGCUUUAGAUUUAGAUGGAACCAUCUUAAAUUCAGACAAAAAGGUUAGCGAAAAUAGUAAAAGAGUAUUUCAACAUUUGAACAAGCAUUAUUCAGAUGUUGAAAUAUUAUUAGCAAGUGGAAGAGCACCAUAUCUAGUAUCACCAGUAGAAACAGAAUUAGAAGUAGAUUGUUCACUUAUUGGAUAUAAUGGAGGUGUAUGCUUAUCUAAAAAGGAGGGAGAGGGAAGAACAACAGUGUUUAGCAAACCAAUCUCAAAACACGAUGCUUUUGAUAUCUUGAAAUAUGCAGAGGAAAAUAAUCAUUGCCUGAAUGUCUAUGGUGAUGGAAUAGUUUAUGCAGUUUCUAAACAAAAACAAAAAGCUGAUAAUUAUGCAACUAUGACUGGAGCAACAUAUCAAUUUAUUGAAAGUUAUUAUGAAUUGGACAAGAUGGGAGUAGAGCCAACUAAAUGUUUAAUUAUUCUCGAAACUGAUGAAGAAUGUGAUAAGCUUUUGGAAAAGCUUACUGCCGAUAAUACAUUCCCCAAUGUCAGUCUUGUCAAAUCAAAUUGUAAAUCAAAGACUUGCGCACAAUAUUAUGUAGAAUUUCUUCAACAAAGCGUCAACAAGGGAUCAUCUGUAUUAGAGUUUGCCAAAUUAAAAGGUUACAAUCACGAUCAAAUCGUUGCUUUUGGAGAUGCAGAGAAUGACAUUGAAAUGUUAAAAUCCGUCGGUCUUGGUAUUUGCCUUGCCAACGGAACUGAUCCAACCAAAAAAAUUAGUUCAAAGGUUUCCAUAUAUUCAAACGAUCAAGAUGGUGUAGCAAGAGAAAUUGUUGAAUUAUUUAAUUUACCAAAAGAUUUAAUUCAAUAA